AACGAAGAGUCCAGCCCUCUUCUCAGCCCAUGCUUUUGUUAUUGUCUUUUUGCUAUGUGGCUAGCUGUGCUUUUGUAAUGCACGGCGUUUACAUGGUAGCUUGAACAAGACUGUAAGUUCGGAGUCGUAGCAGCGAGCGACUCUGGUGGGGUAACCGCAUCCUCUGUGCCAGGAGACUCUGAAACUGCUACUUGGAUCCGUGGUGUGGACCAGAAGAGGCCUGCAGGUGAAGCUGGUGCCAUGCUGGUGACUGCACAAGUCCGCCAGUUACUGUUUCAGCCAAGAAAUCUGUACCAUGGAUGAGGAUGCCCUUUUACUCGGAAAAAGACAUUCGUAGAUCAUAUCUUCCGUUUGGAUGGAGUCAUGCUCCAUGCAGUGACAGUGGAUUGUCUAGUACUAAAACUUGGAACUGUAGCUGACUGGACGGUCUACUGGCAAGACUUGUACGAGACCAAAAACUUUUCUUAAUUUGUAACAAGUUGGGUCUUUUAAACAGCCAAAAUGAACUGCACAGAUAGUGAGUAUAUUUGGCAGUCUCGUAUUCACAGUGGAUUUAAUUAUAGGCGAAAACCAGGUCCCUUCCAAGAUGCUGCUGCAAUUGGACUGGAUUUCAACGUGGCUUGCAAAAGGAAGACCAAACUGGAUUUGAGUUUGCUAACAAAUGGAGUGGUACUGGACAUCUAUGACUUUAGUAAAGCAUCGGUAGGGUCGGUUAAGUACUUGUUGUCCGACAUCCUGGAGUAUAAUUUCGACACCGGCAUGGACAACGAUAAACAGCGCUUUUUGUUUACAAACCGCUUAUUCACAAAAAUUGGGUUGCUGAAAAAAUAUUCCCAACAGGACGAAGUGUUUUUGCUUCCUGACCCGAAUACUUUUAAUCUAUCUGGUGUGUCAGAGGUCCAGAGUCGUCCUUACACCAAUUUGAGCGAGUUCUUGGUCAAAUCUACACCAAUCUGCCAUGAAAGGAUUCAUGAAGAUGAAGCCGCCACAGCAUUUGACCAUGUUGACCAGGAUGGUGAAACUGAGCAUGUAGAUGAGGCAACAAAAUGCACAGUGGUAAAGGGUUUGUACCCACUCUGUGAUGCCAUUGGUCUGGAUCUGUACAUUAGACCCAUAAACACGCCCAAGCAGAAACUAGACCCAAGAUUUUUAACCAACAAAGUCAUUUUUGAAGUGCUCAAAUUUGUUAAAGAGGUGUGCGGAACACAACGUCAGACCUUCUCAGACGUGCUCAAUCAUAAUUUUGAUCUCAGCGCUUAUGAAAAUUGCAUCUGGGGAAAAAUUAUAAAGAUCAGAAAUGGCAGAAAUGACCUAAUUCAGCGUGAUGCCAAACAGGCUUUCAGAAAGAAGCCUUGCAUCUUUGUCCAAAGAAAAUCUCGGAAAAGAGGAUGGAAAAGAAGAUGGGUCAAUGACUAUGACAGCCAAGCCUUAGCAUCACUUACAAAGCAUGGCAAAAGGAAGCGAAAGCCCAAGUAUGAUGAUGUGUUUUGUGACUUCGGACACCUGCGACAUGAUGAUCAGAAAUUCUUUGCAACAAGCUACGAAGACAUGGAUGCCAUGCAGGAAUCGCAGACCGGAGAACAGUCAUACACUUUCUCCGAUCCAGUGCAUGAUCAUGGCAUAGAGGUGCCCAGUGAAAAGCUUAGACUCUGGAGGCGACGGACAGCGCGCAGUAAACAGAUCCUCACUUCGUGGUUCAAACACAAAAAGACACAUUGGGACUUUAACAUCGGCACUGGUGUGAAGUUAAAUACUGAUCUGCAACUACUAACUGAUGACAUCUUGGAGGACAUGUUUAAAUUUGCUUGUCAUAUGCGCAGAACUCAAUCGAAAUUCCAGCUUGAGAUUUAUCAAAACAACUUCAGGCUUAACCCACUGGAUUCAGUGCAGACAAGGUUCAAGUGGCAUGUCACCACAAAAGUAAAAGAUCUUGAAAGCCGUCGCCGUGAAAAAUUGGCAGAUCUUUUAAAUUCUGUUGUUAAUUUUCCGGGGUCUUACCGCAUGGUUGAUAUCGUCAGCUCCUCAACCGCAGCUGAAACAGUUAAUCAAUCCUCAGCAACAUUUCUUGAACCGUCCAUGGAGGACUACCCCUUCUGUUUGCAGAUGGGGGUAAACCUUUGGGCAGUGAAAGAGCGGCCUUUGAAUGAGAGACUGGAUUUGGGUCUCCUGACCAAUGGGGUUCUGCUAGAAGUGAGUAGCUUUGUCGGGAAGCUGUGUGGCAAUGUCUGGGAGGUCAUGUUUGAUGUUCUUGAGCACAAUUUCGACCUCAACCCUCAAGGUGGAGAAAUCGCGCAAGCGCUUCAGAACUGGUACUUCAGAACUGGUACAUUUGCAGAACUUAACAUGUGCAUUGCUAAGAUUGUUCAAGCGAAUAAAAGCUGCACCAAAGAAAGACUUUUCAACCAGGUCAUACAGAAGGACUUGGCUGAGGAGUUUAAACAAGGAACUUUCCAUUGUGACCCCUAUCCCCUAUGUAAAGAGUUGGGGAUAAACCUUGAAAUGGAUUCAAAGUGGGAAGCCAGAGCAAAAUUGGACUUGCAAGUGUUGACCAGGGCGGUCAUCUAUGAGGUACACAGAUAUGUGGUGGAAAACCCUCAGAAGGAUAAUUAUGUUCCUAUGCUGUACAAGAUCUUGGAAGACAACUUUGACCUUAGCUCCCAGCUUCACCGGCGCUGCAAUUUUGCACUUGCAAUCGCAUCCCAAGUGAAAGCCAUGGCUGGGAACUUUAGAGGUUCAACCCGGAAGGGAGACUAUCCAAACAAGGUGUUUGAGUUACCUUUUGAAUUCCCAAUCAGUGGGCAGGUUCUCUUAAAAGAAGAGCCGGAAGAUGGAUACUGUGAUUUGGAUGAUGAUAAUGACGAUAUUGAGUUUGUCUGCCAAUUUAUCCCUGUUGAUAUUGAGGUAAAACUGGAUUAGGAUUAUCGUUUUUGGUAAGCAUGUGGUUUGCAGUUUAUAUCAUUUCGAAAGGAGUACAAUACCUUUAUUUGUAUUCCACAGAUUGUACCAAAGGGAAAAAUAUUUGAUAACCUUUAGCUCUUUAGUCAAAAGAACAAUGCUGUCAAUUACCAUGUUAGAGGAAUUUUUUGUGUGAAGUGAUAUGUUUUCAUGUUUGCCUCCUCCUAGCACCAUAUCUCAAUUGUAAGUUAUGUUGUAGGAAAUGGAUGUUAAAAUGGAUCAUGUGUGUAAUGUAAAAAGUUUUGAAUGUAAAAUUAAAACUGACAUUUUCUUAUUUUGGUCGGACCAUCUAAUAAAACACAUUCUGCAGGAUUUAAGCUUUUAUGUAGAGCCCAAUACAAAGUCAAUACAAGUAUUGAUUUUUUUCCUUGUAUUUAUCAGUGAUUCACAAAUAAGGGUACUUGAGUGUCUUUCAGUGGCUUGGCCGGUGAAUUUAGCUAUAUUGAUGCUUCAGGUAAACGGAGACAGCAUCAGAAAACGGCAUAUGGGAAUGGAAUCUGAAGUAUAGCACUGGCUUAUUCCUAUGACCUGAUUAAAAAAAGAAAGCUACAGCCAACUUUAAUAUUGAGUAAGACGUUUGAAUAAUUUUUUAACUGACCUAGAUCAGCUGAUUUAUGUGUAUUAGUAGGAUAAUUUAAUUGAAUGGUUUAGUGAAGAGUUCUUUAUCAGCAGUCAAGAACAUUGCUGAUUGAUUAGGCUAAAUUCCUUGUUACUCCAAUUGCAAAUUAAAUAUACUUAACAUUUGGAUCAAGAUUGUUGCCCAUUGUCAAAGAAGACUACUAGGAUAGGCUCUUGUUGUUGCAUGCUGAUACUACAGAAAGGAAAAUUUUAUUCUAUAUAAAUUGAAAAUGUUUGAAUAUUUAACACCUUAAUCAAUAGCCUAGCAUAUAGGGCCUGAUGCUUGAAGAGAUAAUAAUCCAUUUUUGCUUUAAUAACAUGAUAAUCCUGAAAUAUAUAAAUAAAACAUAAAGGCUACAUAUUUAAGGGGAAGAAAAAUAAAAAGUUAUUGAAAUUCUUUGAAAUACUUUGUUAGAGUUAAGCAAGGGUCAAGGGUUAAGCAAGGCCUACAAUAGUUUCUAGUUGGCAAUUCACUCUUGCACCCCCGAUCGCUGACUACAGCACAGGUGCUCAUCCAGGAGUAAUCGUAGUAUGGCGUUGUAUAGUAUAGUAUAGUAGCCUAGUAGUUAAAUAGUUAAGAUCAACAUGGCAUUAAGAGGGGUUGGAACUAUACACAUGCAUCGGCGAUACCUGGUGCAUUUGUAUUUGCCGUCCCAAACAUGGUAUCAAUAACACGUUCUUACCACUAGAUGGUGGAAGAGUUUAAUUUGUGGAGGAAGUGCGCUUCGACUAUACAUUAGUAAACAAUAUUGACAGAAACGAUACACCUUUCAAUAAGAUACCCAUGUGGAAAAUGUCCACUAUAGUUGUGAUAAAUGAAUACAAUCAAUAAUAUUCUCACAAUGCCAAAUGCAUUCCUUCAAGCAGUCAAUUCUUCAAAGAUGUCGGGUUAAA